AUGGCUUCAGAAGGAGCAUGGCCAGUGCUGGGAACGGAUGUGACCAUGAACCCCGGUGCCUCCUUGUCUACUUUCACGGCAGUGCCCUUCCCUCCACCCACUCCUGGCGCCCAGCACCGGCCACCCUGGCAGCAGCACCUGCCACGUCCCAUCACCCCAGCAUUCCCUCCUGGCAGCAGCCUGCUGCUGCCAGCUUUCCCCAGGACGCCUUUGGUGGUUAAUGGUGGCCAUGGCCCCAGUGCCCCUGGGGCUUGCAACCUCACUGUCCAAGUCAGGUCACAAGGGAGGCCAGUGGAGGCCCCCCAGACUCAGACCUUUGUCGUUACUCAGGCCCCCCUCAACUGGAGCGCUCCAGGGGCCCUCAGCAGGAGUGCUGCAUGUCCUGCACCCGAAUUCAUAGCAACCCCUGUGAUGGGGACCGUUGUGACUGCUCCAGCUGUUGGAGUUAGUCAGGCUGGCAAGGGAGGCUGGACCCCAGGCUUUCCUCCUCAAGCUCCACCACCAGCUGCCCAGCUGGCCCCUAUCAUUCGCCCAGUGAACUCUGGGCCAUGGCCACAUGGCACUUCCAGGGAGGGCCGCCUGGCCACCAACCAGUCCAACGCCUCGCAGGAUGGCUCCUCUAACCCCCAGAGAGAGUACAGUAACUUCCGACGUUGGCAACACCUCAAGCCCCUGGCCCGGAGACACUUUCACCGGAGUCCUGAUGCAGAAGCUUUUUCCUGCUUUCUCAUCCCAGUGCUUCGAUUCGUGGCCCGCCUGAAUCCCUACAUGCCGCUGGAGGAGGGACUGUGGAGGGCCGUGCAGGAAUGGCGGCGCUUGAGCAACCUUGACCGGAUGAUCUACUACGAGAGGGCGGAAAAGUUCAUGGAAUUUGCGGCCGAGGAGGAGACGCACAUUAAGCAUUUGCAGUGGAUGCAGUGCGCGCAGGACCUGCCUCCUCCAGCCCCACCGAAGCUGGAUCCUCGGGGGCCCCCAGCCCCGAAAGUGGGCCUUCAGCCAGGCACCCAGCUUCCCACUGGAGCUGAAGGCACAGAUGGUCCUGACCCCGCCCACAUCCACAUCAACGUCCCCCAGACAAUGCCCUCACCAACGGCCCAGCCCUCGCACCCGAAGCCACACAGAUCCCAGUGGCCCCCGGAGCCCAAGGCGCCCAAGGAGAUUCCCCCUGAGACUGUGAGGGAGUAUGUGGACAGGAUGGAGGCGCUGGUGGGGCACAUCCACUCAGCCACAGGCAAGUCACCUGCAGAAUGUGGAAAGGACGGAAAUGAGCUGAAGCAGGAAGAGGACGACACCUACUUGGACCCGUGUCUCUUGAGCUACACUGACGAGCUGCGUUCCCGGGAACACUCUGUCACCAAGGUGGAGGCAGUCAUUCAUCCUCGAUUCCUGGCAGAAUUGUUUUCCCCGGACCCACAGCUGGAUGUCUUGGCCCUUGCUGAGGAGCUGGAGCAGGAGGAAGGACUCACCCCUGAAGAAUUGGUGCAGAAACGACUCCUGGCCUUGAAAGAGUACAAGGGUGGGCCGGCAGCCCCGAGCCACAGUGCACCCGGAAUGGGCUCAAGUCCAUCUGAGUCCCACACCGGCCAAGGUGCCCAGAGGCACGACCAAGACCGCCAUCGAGGGGUCAGUGAUGAAGCCUGCCCACCAGAGAUUGAUGUUGAGGCUCUUCAUAGGCCCAUCCGAACAGACACUGGCCCGUUCGUGCUCAGAGUCUUUGUUCCCUCUCGAGGACGUCAGGCUGGCAAGGGAGGCUGGACCCCAGGCUUUCCUCCUCAAGCUCCACCACCAGCUGCCCAGCUGGCCCCUAUCAUUCGCCCAGUGAACUCUGGGCCAUGGCCACAUGGCACUUCCAGGGAGGGCCGCCUGGCCACCAACCAGUCCAACGCCUCGCAGGAUGGCUCCUCUAAACCCCAGAGAGAGUACAGUAACUUCCGACGUUGGCAGCACAUCAAGCCCCUGGCCCGGAGACACUUUCACCUGAGUCCUGAUGCAGAAGCUUUUUCCUGCUUUCUCAUCCCAGUGCUUCGAUUCGUGGCCCGCCUGAAUCCCUACAUGCCGCUGGAGGAGGGACUGUGGAGGGCCGUGCAGGAAUGGCGGCGCUUGAGCAACCUUGACCGGAUGAUCUACUACGAGAGGGCGGAAAAGUUCAUGGAAUUUGCGGCCGAGGAGGAGAUGCACAUUCAGCAUUUGCAGUGGAUGCAGUGCGUGCAGGACCUGCCUCCUCCAGCCCCACCGAAGCUGGAUCCUCGGGGGCCCCCAGCCCCGAAACCACACAGAUCCCAGUGGCCCCCGGAGCCCAAGGCGCCCAAGGAGAUUCCCCCUGAGACUGUGAGGGAGUAUGUGGACAGGAUGGAGGCGAUGGUGGGGCACGUCCACUCAGCCACAGGCAAGUCACCUGCAGAAUGUGGAAAGGACGGAAAUGAGCUGAAGCAGGAAGAGGACGACACCUACUUGGACCCGUGUCUCUUGAGCUACACUGACGAGCUGCGUUCCCGGGAACACUCUGUCACCAAGGUGGAGGCAGUCAUUCAUCCUCGAUUCCUGGCAGAAUUGUUUUCCCCGGACCCACAGCUGGAUGUCUUGGCCCUUGCUGAGGAGCUGGAGCAGGAGGAAGGACUCACCCCUGAAGAACUGGUGCAGAAACAACUCCUGGACUUGAAAGAGGAGGAAGGUGGGCCGGCAGCCCCGAGCCACAGUGCACCCGGAAUGGGCUCAAGUCCAUCUGAGUCCCACGCCGGCCAAGGUGCCCAGACGCACGACCAAGACCGCCAUCGAGGGGUCAGUGAUGAAGCCUGCCCACCAGAGAGUGAUUUUGAGGCUCUUCAUAGGCCCAUCCGAGCAGACACUGGCCCGUUCGUGCUCAGAGUCUUUGUUCCCUGUCGAGGACGUCAGGAGGUCUCUCCAUUCCGGGCCGGACGGGCCUCCCCUCCCCAGGGUCAAAGGCGCACUGGCCCUCUACUGGGACCCAGGGAUGUGUCUGUUCGCAGAGAGGCGUCUCCUAUUCUGGAGGCCCGAGGGCCCAGGGACGCGUCCAGUGAGAACGAGGAGGCGCUCCCCAGCCUGGCCUCCCUCUUGGCCUCUCCGCAGAGCCUGCCGCCUUGCGGGCUGUCCCAGACUCCUGCCCCUGCCUCAGGCCUGGCCUCCCCUGGAGCCGCUGCUGAGAAGCUGCCCAUCCCCGGGGCUGGCCACGGGGUCUCUGCGAGGCCAGCCUUGGCUCUGGGGCUGGCUCGCCCCUCACAGCCGAGAAAGAGAAAGCGUGACCCGUUUGUCACAGGGAAGAGGAGGAAGAAGAGGAAGCACUGCAGCCAGUAG